CGCCGCGGGGCUUGGAGGCUGCAUCUUGAGGCUUGGCUUUGCUUUUGCACUCACGGCCAUCUCCUGGUUCCUGAGCGUUUUGGAGUAUGCCCUGCCAAAGGCAGUGAAGGAUGCAGAAAUGACUGAUUCAACUCAAGGCACCGCGGAGCUGGACGAGUGGAGGAGUUAGACAUGUGUACUCAUGGCUGUAAUGUGAAGCAGUCUCUGUCCCAGCAUGUCGUUCCACCCAGGACGAGGGUGUCCCCGUGGCCGAGGAGGAGGAGGGGGACCCGGUGCCCGGCCUGCAUCAGCCCCCGCCUUCCGACCCCAGAACCUGCGCCUGCUACACCCGCAGCAUCAGCAGCAGACCCCGCCACCUCCACCCGCGCAGUUCCCCUACGAGCCCCCCAGCGCGCCCCCAGCCGCCUUCGCCAGCUCACCAGGCACCCCGGCUUUCCUGCCACCCCGGCCUGACUUCGUGCCCUUUCCACCGCCUGCACCACCCUCGGCACCCGGCCCGAUGCCCCCUUGCCCAGUACGACCGCCCUACCCUAACCACCAGCUACGGCCCCCGUUCCCCGUGCCACCCUGCUUCCCCCCUGUGCCACCCCCUAUGCCUUGCCCCAAUAACCCCCCGGUGCCUGGCGCACCCCCAGGCCAGGGCGCCUUCCCCUUCAUGGUGCCACCGCCCUCCCUGCCGCACCCGCACCAACACCCGCCGCCACCCGCCCUGCCACCGCAGCAGCAGGUCAACUACCAGUACCCGCCCGGGUACCCGCACCCCGGCUUCCCGCCCCCCAACUUGGGCAGCUUCCCCAGCAGCCCCGGUGGCAGUGGCGGUGGUGCUUUCCCCCCAAGCGCUGGCAGUGGCAGUGGUGGUGGUGGCACCAGCCCACACUUUCGCCACCUGCCGCCCUACCCGCUGCCCAAGGCGCCCCCCGAGCGGCGGGGCACCCCCGAACGGCUCAAGCACUACGACGAGCACCGGCACCGGGAGCACAGCCACGGGCGCGGCGAGCGUCACCGCUCCCUGGACCGGCGAGAGCGAGGCCGCAGCCCCGAGCGCCGCAGACCCGAUGGCCGAUGCUACCGGCCCCCGGACUAUGAGCGCGGCCGGACCCCCUCCAGGCACCGGAGCUAUGAGCGGAGCAGAGAGCGGGAACGAGAGAGACACAGGCACCGGGAUGGCCGAAGAUCACCUUCCCUGGAAAGGUCCUACAAUAAAGAGUUUAAGAAAUCUGGAAGGAGUUAUGGUUUGUCAGGGACUCCAGAGCCUGCUGGAUGCACACCAGACUUACCUGGGGAGAUUCACAAAAAUGCCGAUUCUUGGGCCCCAGCCCCUGAGACUGUGAAUCCUCGUUCCCCAAGUAGAGAGAAGAAGAGAGCCCGCUGGGAGGAAGAGAAAGACAGAUGGAAUGACAGCCAGAGCUCAGGCAAGGAGAAGAACUUUACCUCCAUCAAGGAAAAAGAGCCGGAGGAGAUGCUGCCUGACAAGAAUGAGGAGGAGGAGGAGGAGCUCCUGAAGCCAGUGUGGAUCCGAUGCACCCACUCGGAAAACUACUAUUCCAGUGACCCCAUGGACCAGGUGGGGGAUUCUACCGUAGUUGGGACCAGUCGGCUCCGUGACUUAUACGACAGGUUCGAGGAGGAGUUGGGGAGCCGACAAGAGAGGGCCAAGGCCGCCAGACCUCCAUGGGAACCUCCAAAGACGAAGCUUGAUGAAGACCUGGAGAGUUCCAGCGAGUCCGAGUGUGAGUCUGAUGAAGACAGCACCUGCUCCAGCAGCUCCGACUCAGAAGUCUUCGAUGUCAUCGCGGAAAUCAAACGCAAAAAGGCCCAUCCAGACCGGCUGCAUGAUGAACUAUGGUACAACGACCCGGGCCAGAUGAAUGAUGGUCCGCUCUGCAAAUGCAGCGCCAAGGCGAGACGCACUGGGAUCAGGCACAGCAUUUACCCUGGAGAGGAGGCCAUCAAACCCUGCCGGCCCAUGACCAACAAUGCCGGCCGCCUCUUCCACUACCGGAUCACCGUCUCCCCCCCGACUAACUUCUUAACUGACAGGCCAACUGUUAUCGAAUAUGAUGACCACGAGUAUAUCUUUGAAGGAUUUUCUAUGUUUGCACAUGCUCCCCUGACCAAUAUCCCACUGUGCAAAGUUAUCCGGUUCAACAUAGACUACACAAUCCACUUCAUUGAAGAAAUGAUGCCAGAGAAUUUUUGUGUGAAAGGACUUGAACUCUUUUCACUAUUCCUAUUCAGAGAUAUCUUGGAGUUAUAUGACUGGAAUCUUAAAGGUCCUUUGUUUGAAGACAGUCCUCCCUGUUGCCCGAGAUUUCAUUUCAUGCCACGUUUUGUGCGGUUUCUGCCAGAUGGAGGAAAGGAAGUGCUGUCCAUGCACCAGAUUCUUCUCUACUUGCUACGGUGCAGCAAAGCGCUGGUUCCUGAGGAGGAGAUUGCCAACAUGCUUCAGUGGGAAGAACUCGAGUGGCAGAAAUAUGCUGAGGAAUGCAAAGGCAUGAUCGUCACCAACCCUGGAACGAAACCCAGUUCAGUCCGCAUCGAUCAACUGGAUCGUGAACAGUUCAACCCCGAUGUGAUUACUUUUCCGAUCAUCGUACACUUCGGGAUACGCCCCGCACAGCUGAGUUACGCAGGAGAUCCACAGUACCAGAAACUGUGGAAAAGCUAUGUGAAACUUCGUCACCUCCUAGCAAACAGUCCCAAAGUCAAGCAAACAGACAAGCAGAAGUUGGCACAAAGGGAGGAAGCGCUCCAGAAGAUCCGGCAGAAGAAUACCAUGAGGCGAGAAGUCACUGUGGAGCUCAGCAGCCAGGGAUUCUGGAAGACCGGCAUACGCUCUGAUGUCUGUCAGCAUGCAAUGAUGCUGCCUGUUCUGACCCAUCAUAUCCGCUACCACCAGUGCCUGAUGCACCUGGACAAACUGAUUGGCUAUACUUUCCAGGACCGCUGUCUUCUACAACUGGCCAUGACUCACCCGAGCCAUCACCUAAAUUUUGGAAUGAAUCCUGAUCAUGCCAGAAACUCUCUGUCCAACUGCGGAAUCCGGCAGCCCAAAUAUGGGGACAGAAAAGUUCACCAUAUGCACAUGCGGAAAAAAGGAAUUAACACUUUAAUAAAUAUUAUGUCACGUCUUGGACAAGAUGACCCAACUCCCUCAAGGAUCAAUCACAAUGAACGGUUGGAGUUCUUGGGAGAUGCUGUGGUUGAGUUUCUGACCAGUGUCCAUUUGUACUAUUUGUUCCCCAGUCUGGAGGAAGGAGGUCUGGCCACCUACCGGACAGCCAUCGUACAGAAUCAGCACCUCGCCAUGCUCGCCAAGAAACUUGAACUGGAUCGAUUCAUGCUUUAUGCUCACGGACCUGACCUUUGUAGAGAAUCCGACCUACGGCAUGCAAUGGCUAAUUGUUUUGAAGCUUUAAUAGGAGCUGUUUACUUGGAGGGAAGCCUGGAGGAGGCCAAACAGCUAUUUGGACGCUUACUCUUUAAUGAUCCAGAUCUGCGCGAAGUCUGGCUGAAUUACCCGCUCCACCCUCUCCAGCUGCAAGAACCCAAUACCGAUCGCCAGCUCAUUGAGACUUCUCCAGUGCUGCAGAAACUGACGGAGUUUGAAGAAGCUAUUGGAGUCAUUUUCACGCACGUACGACUGCUGGCCAGAGCCUUCACGCUGAGAACUGUGGGCUUCAACCAUCUGACCCUAGGCCACAAUCAGAGGAUGGAAUUCCUAGGUGACUCAAUAAUGCAGCUGGUGGCUACCGAGUAUUUAUUCAUUCACUUCCCCGAUCAUCAUGAAGGACAUUUAACUCUUCUGCGGAGCUCUCUGGUGAACAACAGAACGCAGGCCAAGGUGGCGGAGGAGCUGGGCAUGCAGGAGUACGCCAUCACCAACGACAAGACCAAGAGGCCGGUGGCCUUGCGCACCAAGACCUUGGCGGACCUUUUGGAAUCUUUUAUUGCAGCCCUCUACAUUGAUAAGGACUUGGAAUAUGUUCACACUUUCAUGAACGUGUGUUUCUUCCCACGACUAAAAGAGUUCAUCCUGAAUCAGGACUGGAAUGACCCCAAAUCCCAGCUUCAGCAGUGCUGUUUGACACUUCGAACAGAAGGCAAGGAACCUGACAUCCCUCUGUAUAAGACUCUGCAGACUGUCGGACCCUCCCACGCUAGAACCUACACAGUGGCCGUUUACUUCAAGGGAGAAAGAAUCGGCUGUGGAAAAGGACCAAGUAUUCAGCAAGCGGAAAUGGGAGCAGCUAUGGAUGCACUUGAGAAAUAUAACUUUCCCCAGAUGGCUCAUCAGAAGCGGUUCAUUGAACGGAAAUACAGACAAGAGUUAAAAGAAAUGAGGUGGGAAAGAGAGCAUCAAGAGAAAGAGCCAGACGAGACCGAAGACAUCAAGAAAUAAGGCGGGCCCAGAGUGGUGGGGUAUUUACUUGGCUUAAUAACUGUGACUGGUGCCUACCGAGACUUAGCCUAGUUUUCCUUCAGACAGGGAAUGAAAUGAACCCCUGGAAAUAAACCACAGAACCAAA